ACCCGCCCCCGCGAAACCGAAAGAGCAGAUAGACGGAUAGCGUAGAGAGCCUGGCUAGGAGCUGCUCUGGGAAGUCAAGGGUCCGCUAAAGUCAACGCGGAACAACGCCAUUUCAACAUUUGAACGCUAUCCAGGGGAACAGCGCACUAAAACUACAGAAUGGCGGUGGAUAUCUAUGACUCUCAGUACCUGCUCAUCCUGGCCCCAUCGCUGGUCAUCGCCCUCAUGUUCCUCUUCUUCUGGCUCUUCAUGAAGGAGACUUCCUAUGAUGAGGUGUUGGCCAGGCAGAAACGUGACCUUAAGCUGCCAUCAUCCAAACCAGACACUCGCAAGAAGAAUGAAAAGAAGAAGAGCAAGAAGAAGGAGAGUGUCAGCGCAGGAGGUGGCGGAGGUGGUGGGGGCGGAGGAGAGUCAGAAGAGGAUCUGCGGGACUUUGAUGUGGCUGAUGCUGCCAGCAGCUCCACUCCAGAGGUAGAGGAGGAGCCUGCACCUAUGAUUCUACCAGUUCCUACUCCCCCUGUGGCUAUGACAGUGUCAACAGAGGCUCCUGCUGGUCUGAGGGAAAGGAAGAAGAAGGAGAAAAAAGCUGCCAAGGCUGCUGCUGCUGCUGCAGCUGCAACUCCUCCUCCAGAGGAACCAGAGAUGAAUGGCUCCAAGCCGGCCAGCCGUAAGGCAGAACCGCCUCUUGCUGUGAGCAAACAGCCCAGCCCACCCUCUCCACAGCCUGAGUCCCAGGCCCAAGUGCAGGCUCCUGCUCAGGCCCAGACACCUCCCCAGAUCUCUGGAAAGAAGAAAGAAAAGAAGAAACAAAAAGCUGAGGCUGUUGAUGACCAGCAGCCAGAGACUAAAGUAGAGCAGGCUCCAGUUCUAGUCAAGAAGGAGGCUCCCUUAAUGGCUGAAACCAAAGCUCUGGAUGGCACACCCCCGAUUAGUACCAGUGGCAAGAAGAAGAAUUAUGCCAAGAAGCAGAAGACUGAGUCUGUAGAUGAGUCCCAUGUGCUGGCUGACUCAGCAGCUUCUGCCAACCACCAGGCAGCCCAUAACGACGAUAUGCCCGCCAAGGCAAGUGGCAAGAAACAAAAGAAUGAGACUGACAAAGAGAACACUGAGGUGAAGCUGAAGGAGCUGCUGUCUGGUUUGGCAAGUCUGGCUCUGUCAGAGGCGGAGGCUGUUAGUGUGAUGGCCCUCCUCCGAGAGAAGAGCCCUAAUGCUUUGGAUGCAUGGCACAAGUCUGCAGCAAGGGCUGAUCCAGCAGCCCAGGAAAGAGAGCGACUCCUCACAACUCUGCAGGAGGAAGCUUCCAUUGCCAAGGACAAAGUCAAGCAGCUCAGCCAGGAGCUUCAGGUUGAGAAGCAAAAGACAAGCCGGGCAGAGGCCAUGAUGAGAGAGCAGCGUGCAGCCAUGGAGAAGGAGCUGGGGAGCAUGCAAGCUAAGGCUCAGGGCAGCUACCAGGAGGUCCAGACCAUGCAGAUAAAGUUCCAGCAGGUGAGGGAGCAGCUGGAAAGCCAGAUCACCCGUCUGCAGCAGGAGAACGGCAUCCUGAGGGACGCAGUCAGCUCUGCCACCAACCAGAUGGAGAGCAAGAAUUCAGCAGAGCUGAACAAGCUGCGUUCUGAAUAUGCCGGCCUGAUGAAAGAACUGGCAGAGAACAACAACAAGCUGCAGCAGGAGGAGCACCAGUGGAAGUCACUGGAGGUCAGCUACAAGCAGAACGUGUCCCAGCUGGAGGCUCAACUGCAGGACGCAAAGCGCCGCUGGGAAGAGCUCCAGAAUUACCUCCAUAGUGUCAACACUGAGCGAGAGAAACUUCAAGCUGCCAAACAAGAGCUCCAGACCCAGCUGCUGGCAGUGGAGACAGAGAUGAGCAACAAAAACAAGGAGAUCCAGACCCUCCACAGCAGCCUGACCGAUGCCAUUGUUUCCAAGGAGCGGGUGGAGCAGAAGGUGAUGCAGCUGCUGGAGGCGUCCCAGCACAGUAUGCCUGACGACUCACUGCAAGCCCAGGUCCAGGAACUCUUGAAUGAAAACAAAGGCCUUAAGGUCCAGAACGAGACACUGCAAGUCCAGAAUGAGAACCUGCAGGCUCAGAUCACUUCACAGGCCACCCAUGUCUCCCACUUUGAGGAGUUGCAGAAGCUGCUGGCUGAAAAGGAGCUGCAGAGGAAGAGUCUGGAGGACUCUUUAAAUGCUGAGAGGAGCAGUGGGGCCAGUAGAGAAACUAACAUGCAGGCCAUGCACAAUGAGAACAUGUCGCUGAAGGCAGAGCUUCAGAAUCUGCAGGCUCAGAUUGCUGAACAGAAUGCCUCACAGCUGGCUUUGGACCAGAUCCAGAAGAGUGUCCAGGAGCGGGAGGAGAACAUCAAAACAGUGGAAGACCUGCUGAAGGCAGGGCUGAUCGAGGUGGCCAACAAGGAAGAGGAGCUUAAGGCUGUAAGGGAAGAGAAUGAAGCACUAAAACAAGAGGUGGAGGCCUUGAAACGGCAGACAGCAGAAAAGGCAUCAUCAGAGUUAGUUGUGGAAGAAUUACAGAGCACGAUCCAAGAGAAGGACGUGAAGCUAAAAUCAGUGGAGGAGAGCCUGCAGGCAGCACAAGAAACUAGUUCUACCAGAGAGCAAACAAUUGAGGCUCUGGAGCAGCAGUUGGCUGCCCUGCAGGCAGAGAUGGAGCAGCUGAGACAGAAGGAGAUGCCUGAGGAGCAGACCAGUUCUAGUGCCCAGCUCCAAGAGCUCCAGGCUCAGCUCACUGCUAAGGACCAAGAGAUCCAGGCACUGCGGGUUGAGCUGGACGGGAGGACUAAGGAGGUGAUGGAGAAGGUGGAGCAGCUGCAGCAGUCCCAUACAGAAGUGCCAAGCCCCGAGCUGCUUACAGCUUUGUCAGAGAAGAACAAGCAGGUGUCAGAUCUGCAGGGUGAGCUGGCUGAGCUGAGGGACUCUCUGGAGCUUCACAGGAAGAAGAACAACGAGCUUCGGGAGAAAAACUGGAGUGCUAUGGAGGCUCUGUCAGCCACCGAGGCCAUGCUUCAGGGGAAACUCAGCAAGGCCGUCAAGGAAAACCAGGCAGCACUGGAGUCGACCCAAGCUGAGUGUCGAGAGGUUCUACGCAGACUUAUGCCCCAUGUGCCUCUGCCCAAUGAGCAGAAUCACCAGGAGUGGCUGCACAGGUUUGAAAAGGCAGUGGCCGAAAGUUCAGCUGCACAGUCCAGUUCCACCCCUGUAUCAGGGGAUGCUGAGGGACUGGCCGAGAAGCUAAAGGAGGCUGAAGAAACCCAAAGGAUUCUACAGAAAGACUGUGAGACAUACAAGAAGGUUUUGGCAGAGACGGAGGGCAUCCUGCAGCGUCUCCAGAGCAGUGUGGAGCAAGAGGAGUCUCGCUGGAGGGUGAAGCUAGAAAUGUCACAGGGAGAGCUCAGAGAGAUGAGCCUGAAAGUCACAGCACUGGAGCAGGAGAUCGAGAGACUAAAUGAUGGAGCAGAAUUGGAAAAUUUGAGAAGAGAUAAACAGCACUUGGAGUCUGAGCUGGAGAGGGCAGAGCGUGAGAGCGCCACCUAUGUGACAGAAGUCAGAGAGCUCAAAGAUCUGUUGACUGAAUUGCAGAGCAAACUUGAUGGCUCAUAUACAGAGGCUGUCAGGCAGAAUGAGGAGCUGAAUUUGCUGAAAACACAGCUCACUGAGACUCUGUGCAAGUUGGAGACAGAGGAAAGCGAGAGGCAGAGGGUGGCUGGUGACCUCUAUAAGGCCCAGCAGUCCCUUGAUCUAAUCCAGGAGGAGCUCUCCAAAGAGACAGGCAACACAGAUCUGAUAGAGAACAGCAGUCUGUCAUCACAGACAGAAGAGAUUGACAGGAAGGAGAAAAUGACUGCAGGACUGAACCAAACAGUCAGGGAGCUGCAGCAGCUGCUACAAGCCGUCAACCGGCAACUCACCAAGGGACAGGAGGGGAAGGGAGACAAAGAUUUGCCUGAUGUAUAGGAGAGGAGGAUAGACCCCCAUGCAGCCACCCCAACCUCACUACAGAGACCACCCCAGACCUUUGGUCUCAUCACUACCACCAUCACACCAUGCUGUCACACCUAGCCCCCCUCCUCCAUAUUCCAACGUAUGACACCUCACCUGUACUGUAGGUAGCAUCCAGUUGACUGAGGCCAAGGCUCUGGCAAAACACGCACCAGACACCAUACUGGCCACUGAGGGAGCAAACAGGGGCUACUGUUAACUCCAAACACUCCAGACACCAUACCAGAACUUACACUACUGCACUCCCACCACAUUCCUCUUUACAGCAGCAUCGGCAGUUUAUAAUCAUGAGAAUGAUAUCCAGCAUAAUACAGACUGUGUGUGGCAACCAUUCCUCUGUUUAGAACACCUGUAUUUUUCAAUGAAAACCUUUUGAAUACAGCAGUAGUUUUUCCUUGUUUUUUCUUUUUGUCAGAGAGGGCAGUGAUAUGAAUUUCCGACUUGACUAAACAAAUGUUGGGUUUUCGAUCCUUUUUUUCCUUAACUUAAAGAUUAAGUAUUGUUUAAGUGUACCAGUUUAGGACCUGCUGAACUACACUAUGUUGUUGAACUAUUUGCCUCCUGACCAGAAAACUCUUAUCAGAACCUGUGCAUCAUUGUGCAUUCAUGAACUCAUAGCUACAUGCAUACCUUGGCUAAGUAUUGGGUGGGAGCAAGGGGAUCAGAAGGGGGGUCAGCAUGUCAGAAGGGUCACAAUAUAACAAACUAUGGAGAUGCAUGGACAAAGUGUAUAAGUGUCUGUACUGCAGCUCCAAAGAGGGAGUCUGUGACCCUGGCUGUGGAAGGAGAAGGCCAGGUCAACAGUGUAGAGGUUUUUAAUCCUACUGCAACUAUUCUAGGAAUAAGCAUCCCAUAUCAUCUGUAAUCAACACUCGCUAUACUGUUGCUAAGUUCAUUAACACUGAAGAUUUUGUUCUUUUUGUAACAGGUGACGUUAAUAAAAGGGAUGCUUGAUAAAUCUGCUCAGCGUCUUGUGUUGCUCCUAUUACUGUUGUACUGCCUGCACUUCCUUCUCCCUACCACCCUGGGGCACCACUCUUCCACUUUAUUUGAAUUUUCACACUAAUUUGUGUCUUAGCCUUAAAAAAUGAAUGUGCACAAGGAAAUUACAAUGCUUCUAUUUUUGUAGCUUUUAUUGCCUGCAGUGUACUGCCAGGCAAACUAUUCCUCAUCUGAUUUCCCUGUACAAAAUAAAACAUUUGUCAUGUGAUGGUG